CCUGCGUGCGUGCGUGCGUGCGCUGGUAAACAGAUGCCAUGUUGGUUUCGUAGAGAUGAAGACGUGCGGAACAUUAUGGAGAGAGAUUUCUGCUCUUUAACAGAUUCUGAGGAGCUGCGCAGCUUCAUCACACACUCGGAGAGGACCAAGACGCUGUUCGAGGAGAUCCGCGCCUCCAUCAGUAAUAACACGGAGGGCGAGCGCUCGUUCUGGCGUCCGGUUCUGCCGUGGGGCGGUGUGUUCACCAUCAGAGCGGGACGCAAGGCCAUCGCCUGCACGCCGCUGUACGUCAAGAUCACCCUGAAGAACACAUGCACCAUCGACGGCUUCCUCAUGCUCCUCUACGUCAUCCUGAGAGACAACCACAGCUUCCCUCGAGAGCUGGGUCUGUUCCUGGGCCGCCGCUUCGUCCAGCACUUCCUGUACCUGAUGGACUGCUGCGAGUACACCACCGUCAAGAUGCUGUGGAUCUGGGACCGCAUGUCCAAGCGGCAGUACCGCUCCGAGGUCCACCACACGGCGCUGGAGAUCGACCUGUUCGGCAACGAGCACGAGAACUUCACCAAGAACCUGGAGAACCUGAUGUCUAGCGCGCAGGAGAGCUGCUGCUCCAGCUGGACCUGCCCCAACCGCUUCCAGGAGCAUCUUCACAGGACCAUCAGCGUCAAUCCUCCUCAUGAGCUUCCAGAUAAAGAUCCCAUCCAGUCAGCGCUGGACGAGUUCUUCUGCCCGCGGCUGGAGCUCUGUGAAGAGCUGGAGUGCGAGGGUCUGAGGGAGUUCGGUCAGAGGUUCUUCUGUCACGGCCCGCCACCCUUCGUCAUCCUCAACAUGCAGAUGUGGCAGUCGGAGGAUCUGUCGUACGUGCCGUAUCAUCUGGAGCUCUCCGAACAACGGUACUCACUGGAGGGAGCCACGCUCUUCAACAGAGAAGAGCAUCAUUAUUCAGCAGCGUUUCAGAUCGACGGCUUCUGGAUGCACUACGACGGCCUGCGCAGCGACAACCUGGUGCUGCUCGACAAACCUCCCGAGUUCCUGCUGCUGUCCUCGCUCGUCUACAUCAGGACCUCCGAGCGAUGAACACAAUAUUCCCUACAAAAAUGAACUCUACUUCUGAUGACAGUAUAUUUUUGUGCUUUCCAGUCAUGUUUUAUACUCCUCUGAAUGAUUGACUUUUGUAUUUUUGUAAGCGAUUCUCUGGUCUGUUUUCUACUGCUUGGAAUCCAAGAGUCUGUGACGGUGGACUAUAAUAGUUCUGUGGAUCAGAAACCUUCACGCAGUGCAGAAACAUCUGUCAUCCACACACAGACACAGACGGAAAGAUCUAAUAACUCAUAGAAUCCGUCUCCUACAGAAAGUCACUUGUUUUUAAUCUUUUAUUAUUGUUGGUUUAAAGCUCUUUAUCUACUUCACUACUUGCACUCAUCAUCACUAGAUGGAUUACUAGGUUUAGUUGAGGAUUCGUUUACUGAAGCAUGACAACAGAACAUUACAGAUGUGUAAAUCAAUGUGCAUUAAUACUUUUAUAAUCAACAUCAAAUAUCAGUCAGAUAUUGUAUCUGCUGUCCCUGCAAAUAAAAGUUUUUAUGUUUGUAA